AAGUAUAAUCACAUGUUAUUGUAUUCUAUUUUAUUUAUAAAACAAUCAAGAUAGAUCUUCAUCGGCAAGCAGUUUAUAUAAGGUGACAUUUGAACACAAUGGCUUAUUGUGAGCAGUGCUAAAUUCAUUCGAGCACGCACCUAAGGUUGAUUACCUCGGUUAAUUUUCACUAGUAACAACAAUUACUCUUGAUAUAAUCCUCAUCACUUGCUAUCAUUACAGCAUUGACUUCGCAACAGUCAGCUGCUCGUAGUCCAUUAAGACGUUUUCAUUCACAAAUUACAUCGAACAGUUACUUUAAAAUGUUGGCAAUAUCUUUUGCAAUUGCAGUUAUGUUAGGGACUGUUUCCUCUGAAGUAACAAUAGGAGGUAUCGACAGGACUAUGAGCCCGGGUGUUAAAAGUAUGGGAUACAAGAUAAUUUACGGCGAAGACGACAUUGCGGAACUAAACGAGGUUGUUAAGAAGAAAGAGAAACUGGAUGUGUUGAAGAGCAAAGUAAAUAUAAACGAAGCAGUCCCGCCGCUGCAGCCUCAAGACGUCAAAUGUUUGAUGUCAACUGAUAAUCACUGCACAAAGAACAUGUACGAAAUUAAAGGAAUUUUAAUAGAAGCACUAAAGAACGACUGUGAAAACUGUUCUGUAAUACAAAAAGAAAAAGCUGGUAAAAUUGUAGCGUCAAUGAUGGCUCACGAUCCUGUCGCAUGGAAGGUUUUCCUCACGAGGUACGUUAUGGUAACGAAAUUAAAUGCAAAGACAGAUAGUGAUGCAGAGCGAAAGAAAUUUAAAUAUAAAAUUAAAGGUGAGCCUGAAGAAUUACACGAAUCUAAAAACAGAUUUAUUUCUCCAGGCGCUUCGGUUAGAGUCAGAAGGUAUACUUUGGAACAGCUUUGAAUUUUACACAAGUUCUUUCACACCUACUUGUUAAAAAUAUUUAUGUCAAAAUGUUCUCUUAAUCAAUAUAAUUGUAUUCAAUGAAAAUGCAAAAUAAGUUGUACGUAUAGGGUGUCCUAUUGCAUCGUCUCUUUUAUA